GGACUUAAUAAGGAGCAAUGCAAAGUCCUUGCGGAGAAGGCGCAUAUUUAUAUGACUAUGGAUGGACGUAUUUCGAUGGCAGGAUUGAAUGGUAGGAACAUCGAGUACUUCGCUAAGAGUGUGGAUGCAGCAGUUAGAGGUGACUUGUAGAACUGCCGAGAAAUAGAUCUUCCUUUUUGGGUUGUGUUGAUCCCCUUCGUGCGGUUUAACUCUUUCUGUGUUAACUCUCAUGUCCAGUCCUUCAACUCCUACAAAACUCAUACCAGGUGCUUGGUUAGACCAAGCCAUCUCUUCAUCCACUACUUCAUCCUCGGGUCAGACCAUCAUACGAAACGUUGACCAGGUGAUUACUGCCUCGCCCGGGCAAGGAACCCCUGAAAUGCCCACGACGAGUACAGCGGGCGACCGUCCCCUAAGCAUCAUCGUGCCAACACCAGUCUUUGUGCCACCAUUGGCGUAUUGCCCGUUCAGCACAGAUUUUUCACUGCCCCCCCUGCCAGCCUCAUACAUUGGAAAGAAUUUCACCCCAGAUGAGCACACGAGCUCUAGUAUACCAUCUACGCCUGGUCUUGAGCAUACCCCAUCUUCGAGUCACUUCUCAUCCGAUCCAAACAACAUGACAUCUCCAACUCCUAGCAAUUUCGCAACAAUGCCCAUUACUCCCGAGGCACAUGAUAAUCGUGACAUUGCUGCCAUAAAUACGUCUCCUUCAAAAAUAUCUCACAUAAUUAAACCUCAGGCCAGCAUGACGCUGAUAAUGGACAAACCGCCCAAACUACCAGAUAAUCUAUGGGUGUCUGCUGGAUCCAACUGGCUCAGCGACCUCGGUGGAAAUACAGAAACAGACCGCAUAUUCCGCAACGCUCUUUUUGGUCCAGUUCCUUCCCUAAGCCCCCAAAGUAGCCCACUCACCUCGAGUGUCGCAUCCCCCACUUCCUCUUUCCCCGCAGCACUCUUACCGAACAUGUCUGCAUCCCUCAACAGUACUCCGGUGUCGUCUCCCUCCGCACCGUCCUCUCUCAAUUGUAUGUCUUCAGCCUACUCGCUAACUACAGCACGCCUGGCGUUGGCACCGACCUCGACUUCAGCCUUUCCAUCCAGCAUUGAUAGUUUCGAGCGAUGGCGUGAAGAUGUUACAGUCCAGACGAACAGACGAGAGACCAUGCCAGAGACUCCUUCUGCAUAUGAUGACACUGGUUCUAGUGCAGAACACACCGAACGCAUGAGCCAGCCUCCACCUGGCUUAAAUCAGAGAGUGGUGAACUCAAAUGCACCGCCUGCAAUGAAGUCAAGAACAUUCAUGCAGAAGGCGAAGACGAUUGGCGGACGCGUCAAACGCUUCGUAACGCGCGGCAAAAGAAGUAAAUGGAAUGCCGUCAUCGAAGCCGGCGCUUUUGAUGUUACCACUCACACAGGAAGCGAUGACUCGGAUGGGAGCAUCGUAGUCAUUUCCGCGUGUCCUCCGUCGUACGACACACGGCUUUCUCCACGCAUCUCACCACAAAGUCCUGAACAGCGCAGGAGGUCUACGCCUAUGCUCUCUCCGCAUUAUGUCCUCGUUAGAGAGCGUGUCUCAGCGAUCGCUGAGGGGGUCGUUGAGUUGCCUCGUACAGCGACCCCCGCGGACGCGAGGGGACUUCCGGGGUCCAUUGUCUCGAGGGUUCCCACUCGCCGUUUUUCUCUCGCGGCGUUCUCAAGUCUCGCAUCGCUCAAACGACCAUGAGAGGGAUUUGUAAAAUAUUUUUAUUCCAUUGUAUUUGAGGUUAGAUGCAUUGCAAGUCAAUGUUCGAGCUUUCCUAUCGGCGAACAUUUCUUCUAGAUUGUAGUAUUCCUUUGG